AUUCUACGAGAACCAGGGUCAUCCCUUGAUGCUGACGGGUGGGAGAUGCAGGGCAGGUAAAGGGAAGUUCUUCAUGCAGAGCAUAGUGAAACCAUGGAAUUCACCAGCAUAAGAUGCAAUGCUGGUCACCGGUUUGGACAGCUUUAAAGGGGGGGCUGGACAAAUCAAUAGGGGUGGAGGCAAUCAAUGGCCGCUGUUCCUGAUGGCUAUAUGCCACCCCCUGGAUCAGAGGCAGUAUGCCAGUGCACACCAGUUGCUGGGGAACAUGGGUGGGGUGCUGCUGCUCUGGUGUCCUGCUUGUGGGCGUCUCACGUUGGUAACUGUGUGAACAGAAUCCUGGACUCGGGGGGUCCUGCUCUGACACAGCAGGGCUGCUCUUCUUGUUUUCUUGGGUAGCAUCUGUCAGCCUGUCCUGUUUAUCUUGGUCACCUGGGUUCAGAAUCUAAGUUCAAGUUGUGCUGGGUAGGAGUAAUGGAACUCUGACGGUGGCAGCACUCUGCGUGUACUCAGAGACUACUUUAUCAGUUGCAGUUCCAGGUCACUGGAGUUCAACCAGUGGGUCAGGCCAGACCUGCAGUGGGUUGCAUUAAUGGCAUCAACUCCCUUUUCUGUCUUAGUUGGCGGGGUGGGAGGGAGGUUUUGGAUUUCCUCUGGAACAGAAGGAAAGAGAUCAGGAGAAUGAAAGGUGGCACAAAGGAGGACAGAGUUUUGCAUCUCUCAUCACUGUAUUCAAGAGGAUGUUUAUUAGGUGUGGCUUUCUCACUCCCAUGUGAUGAACUGACUCUGUAAUGGCAAACCGUCCUUUUCUGCAGUUCAUAAAAAUAUAGCAGUCCUGCGCACCCUAAAAUGAUGAGGAGAGAGAAAUAGACGUACAUUUUAUAAAAAUUAAGUGGUGCUUAUGGUACAGUUUGCGAAUAAAGGGAGGUCUGGGGCUUGCAAAGACCCGAGGCUCCUCAGCCGGAGAAGGAAGAAAAUAACUCCAUUGUAGUCUGCAUUGUUCUAAGUUUUCAGAAGCCUUCUCCCCUCCUCUCCCCCCUGCCUUCCUCCACCUCCAGAGGCAGGGUUUCCUCCUCCUCCCUUGGAGUCUGUGUGGCUUUGACUCACCCUGGGAGCAGCAGGAACUGGGGCGGUGAUGUCAGGCUACGAGCAAGGAAAUGUGGGAGGAGAUACACCGCCUCGUCCGUCCGUCCAUCCGGCUGCCCCGAAACUCUUGCUCCUGCCGCAGUUCAUGGGACAAGGAUGAGAAGCGGCGGCGGCAGCUGCCAGUGGGAUGCAAGGACAGUCUCUGCUCCCCAGGGCAGGUGAUGCCCAAGCCUCAGCAUCAGGAUGAAGGGGAAAUACAAAGGGAGGCCCUCCCGGUGGAGCUCGACCAUGUCGCUCUCAGUGCGGCCCCAGCGGCGCAGUCUGGUGGUCAGGAUCAAUAGGAGCCAGUCCUUCGCUGGAGUCAACUCCCCCCAGGACAAAUCUCACAGGACUUGCCUUGCGUUUCGCACACCGACAGUCUCCAGGAAGUCUGGCUCCAGAGUCAGUAGGAUGUUUUCAAUGUCCCACAAGUCCCCUCCACCCAAGGUUCCCCAGCCAGAGCGACUUGACGAAGUGCAUGAAGCUCUAAAGAAGGGGCUGACUGCAUAUCUGGAAGUGCACCAGCUGGAGCUGGAAAAGCUGAGCACCCAGAUCCGUGAGUCCAAGAGGAAUUCUCGCCUGGGCUUUCUCUACGACCUCGAUAAGCAAGUCAAGUCGACCGAGCGGUUCCUCCGCCGUCUGGAGUUUCAUGCUAGCAAGAUUGAUGAACUGUACGAGUCCUACUGCAUCCAACGACGGCUCCGGGAUGGGGCCCACAACAUGGUCAAGGCCUACACGGCCGGCUCACCUGGCAGCAAGGAGGCCCGUGAGAGCCUGGCUGAAGCAGGCAAGGGCUACAAAGAAUACACGGAGAACAUGUGCCUGUUGGAGAGCGAGCUGGAAAGCCAGUUGGGCGAGUUCCACAUCAAGAUGAAAGGAUUGGCCGGUUUUGCCAGGCUCUGUGCUGGUGACCAAUAUGAGAUCUUCAUGCGGUACGGACGCCAGCGAUGGAAGCUGCGGGGCCGCAUUGAGGCGAACGGCAAGCAAGUGUGGGACAGCGAGGAGAUGAUCUUCCUGCCCCUCAUCACAGAGUUCCUGUCGAUCAAGGUGACGGAGCUCAGGAGCCUGGCCAGCCACGUUGUGGUGGGGAAUGUCUCUUGCGAGACCAAGGACCUGUUUGUGGCGCUGCCUCAGGUGGUGGCCGUGGAUAUCAAUGACCUGGGCACCAUCAAGCUGAGUCUGGAAGUGAGCUGGAACCCAUUUGACAAAGAGGACCAGCCAUUAUCGGCCAGCACUGUCAGUAAGACAUCCACCGUCAGUAAGAGGCUGUCAACCUACAACCAGAGCCCACCGGACACGCCCUCCAUGCGUGAACAGGCCUUUUAUAACAUGUUGCGGCAACAGGAGGACUUGGAGAACGGGGCAGCCUGGUCCAUCUCCUCGGAGUCCUCGGACGAUUCCUCCAGCCCGCAGCUGUCGGGGGGCACCCGGCACACGCUGCCCAGCCCGCUGGUGCACCCCGCCGUGCAGGCCGCUGCCCCAGCCAUCGAGAUCGCCUUCACCCGGCCCGAGGACAGAGAGCCGCCCGCCCUUCGGGAGGAGGCGGCCGUGGCGAAUGGACACGUGCCCUAUGCCCGGACUCUCAGCCAGAUCAGCGAGGCCAGCGUGGACCUCCCAGCCGCGGAGGACAGGGACAGGGACAGGGAGGCCGCGGUCCCCAGAGACUCGCGUGCCAGGGAGCUUCCUGCCCCGGACACGGACUCCUUGCCGCAAAGCGUGGACUCGGCACUGGAUGCUCCGAUCAGUGAGGCUGGGGCGCCGGAGGCGGAGCUGGACGGGGCCACCCCCGUCGCAGAGGGGAAUGGUGAGGACCCCACCUGCCAAGCUCCAGACGUUCAGGGGCCCGCAUCCUCCCUGGCCCUGCCCACCCCAAAGGAGCUUCCACCAACUGACGUCUCGGAAGCACCAAGGCCCAAACCGGCUGACUGUGGGCUGGAGGAGGCCCUCUGCGUCCUGGCGUCUGCUCUGGGUGACUACCGGGGGCAGUUUCCUGAGCUACAGACCUUGGAGCAGGAGCUCAAGCACCUAAAGGAGAUUCUCUUGCAGAGGCAGGGCGUGUGCCUCAGCCGGGCCUCCAGCAUGAGCCUCACAGUGGAACACGCUCUGGAGAGCUUCAGUUUCCUCAAUGCUUCCGACACAGAAGAGUCAGGGGACGACGAUGACGGGUUGGCUAACAGUGAACAGCCUGCAACCUUUGGCAGGGUACCAGGAGCCGGUGAGGCUGUUGCCAAGGCCCGCCCGGGGCGUCUGAGUUCAGGGGGCAGCUCAGAGCCAAUGAGCACCUGCAAUGAGUUUCUGGACAGGGCGUUGGUCCUCCAUCUGAACCACUGCAACCACUUGCUGCUGAAGCUGGGCAAUUUCGGACCUCUCCGCUGCAGGGAAAUGUACGCGCUAGACAGGCUGGCGAGGGAAGCCCAGGUCCUGGAGAUGGUCUGCCGCCUGCUGGAGGAGCAAGCGGGGACAGCCAGUUCAGCUGGGGAAGUGGUACAGUUCUCCACGUGCAAGGAGGGAGUCCUGCCUUUCUGGGACAGCUGUGUGGCCUUUCCAAAUGUGUACACUUGUCCUGUAGAAAGCUUCCUGCAGACAUUCACUUCCCGGUAUGCGGCGCAAAUCAACGAACGCCAGCAAGGCCUGGCACACCCAGUUGGUGUGAAGCUGGUGGAGGAGCUUCUGCAGCACAGGCUGCCCCGGCGACGUGAGAGCUGCCAGAGCGAGCAGAUCACCCUCUUCCAGUACUGGAUCCACUUUGAGGCUCUGCCCAUCCUAACACUGGACACGUACAUCCUGGAGCUGACGGAGGAAGUGUUGCUAGCGCGGAACUUGAAUUCGGAUGACCAAGACGUGGUACUGAAGGCCCUGAAGCGGAUUCCUGAGAACCGGCUGGGCAGGGAUGGGCUGAACACCUUGAGCCUACUUCUCAUCGAAGGAAACAGCAAAGUCGUUGGAGCUGUGUCAACGCAGCUGCGCAACCUGUCAGAGAACCCCAUCUUCCGGGAACGGGCCCUGAUUUGCUUCCUCGAGCAGCUGGAAGAUGAAGUUCUGCAAAUGCGAGUCGCUGCCUGUGCAGCUCUGGGCUGCCUUAAGGCCAAGGAGAGCAUCGAGCAGCUGGUGUAUCUGUGCCAAACAGACAAAGAAGCUGUGCGAGAAGCAGCCAAGCAGAGCCUCAUGCUGUGUGAUGGCACUGAGAGAACCAUCUGAUUGGCUAACUAGACUUCCAAGUCAUGACAGCAGCUGCACAGGGGAAGAUGGAAAGUCUGCUCACCGACGGCUAGAAGAGUCCUUUGACAGCUUGCCCGGGAUCUUUGCCCCAGGGAGCAUGGCCAGCACUGCAUUCUGAGUGGUGCCACACCGAUGUACUUGCAGAUCCUUUGUGGGCACGGACCUUGCAUGCAGACCAGGCUCCAGCUAGUGUGCCAUGGACUGGGCGGCUCUUUGCCCCUUGAAGCAUGCACACACAGCAGUAUUAGCGCCACCUGCACACUGCCUUAUGCAGAGGAUGCCUUUCUUAGCCCCACUGGCUGCUGCACCUGUGGAGUUAACGUGAGUACAGGACUUUGGGAGAGCCUCCUGCUCAUUCCUCUUGAGGGGCCGGGCUUGCUUUCAUUACCAGGCCCACAGCGCCCCUUUCUUGGGGGAGGGGGGACAUCAACAGUUGAGCAUUGCUGGCUUGACAGAAUGUCCUCAGGUGCAGAGGCCCAUCUCUCAUUUGAGAUAAGCUGGGGAAAUGGUGUGUUCGAAGUCCCAGUGGCGUGUUCAACGUGUUCUCAUCUUGCCCAUGUCGUCCACCUUCUGGAGCGGGAAUGAUUGCAGAAGUUGGGGCUGGUAUAUCCUGCUGCUGAUAGGCCGCAAAUUCCUCUCUCAGAUGUGAGAGGAAGGAAGCACAAAGAUUACAGAAGGGAGUUAUCUGUGUUCCAACUGGGAAGGGGGAAGAGAUUGUAUUCAGCGAAGAUGCUCUAUAAGACAAAAGGGACACGGAGAGUAGGGGCUGCCAUUUUGGGGCUGUUUUAUUGUUUUUUAUUUACACAUGGGAGGUUACAGACAAAAGCAAAAGUCCCUUUUCUAUAAAAUAUCUAUAAAUUUAUCUGUAUAUCUACAUAAAUAUAUAUAAAUAUAUAUAAUGUAAUUAUUAAGAGGUUUGGCUAAUUUUGUCUUUAAGCCUGAAAUAAAACAAAGUUUGAAGAA